UUAAAUGUUUUUAUUAGUGCAGUUUUCAUCCACAUGUGUUACUUUUGUGUGAUUUGAGGCACUGACAGUAAAAUCAGUUUAAAGAAGUUUUAUGAUGGAAACCUUCAGCUGUAACACAGACACACAUGAUCAUAAAGACUGGAGGAUCAUCAUGAAUAACAAGUAAUUAUUUUCCCAACAUUUAUGUAAAAGUUCAUAUCGUCAGAUUGGAGCGUUCACUGUGUGAUGUUUGCAGAUGUUUGUUGGUGGUGUUGAACAGUUCGAAUCAUCCAUAAACUUUCCUUCCAGGUCGGAGGAAGGCUUCGUCUACAACAGCCUCACGCUGCAGCUGGAGAGUUUAAAUGUCUCCGGUGGAUCUAGAUAUGCUGCGUUUCUCUCCAUUCUUCUCUCCUUUGUGUUUAUCAUUGUUGCAAACGUUGGGGUGGCUGUCCUGGUUUUUCUGGAUAAGAGCCUUCACCAGCCCAUGUAUCUCCUGCUCUGUAGCUUAUCGGCCAACGAUGUUUUGGGGAACUCUGUCGUGUUGCCCCGCGUGCUGCUGGACGUCCUGCGGCCGCCCGCGGACCGCCUCAUCGGUUACUACGAGUGCGUCCUCCAGGCCUUCAUCAUCCACAUGUUCAACACCACCUGCCACACGGUGCUGAUGGCCAUGGCCUUCGACAGGUAUGUGGCCAUCGGCAACCCUCUGCGUUACUCUGCCAUCAUGACCAACAGGAUGGUGAUGAAGCUGACGGUUGGUGCCUGGGGAGUGGCGCUGGUUCUGGUCGGGGUCCUACUGGGUCUGACGGUCCGGCUGAGCCGCUGCAGGACUUUCAUGAGAAGCCUGUACUGUAACAACGCCUCGUUGUUUCUGCUCUCGUGUGAGGAUGUUUUCAUCAAUAACGCGUACGGCCUGAGCUUCACUGUGGUUCUGUUCACCGCCUCCAUCGGCAGCAUGGUGGUAACUUACACCAAGAUCACCAUCGUCUGUCUGACCAGCAAGAGCACAACUCUGAACAGGAGAGCUCUGAAAACCUGCAGCACACACCUGCUGGUUUAUCUGAUCAUGUUUCUCAGUGGAAUGAUCAUCAUUAUCCUGCAGCGCUUCCCUCAGUACGCAGAGGAAAAGAAAAUCGCAGCUCUUUUGUUCCACAUUGUUCCUGGUGCCUUAAAUCCCGUCAUUUAUGGCAUGCAGUCCAAAGAGAUUCAGAAAUAUUUUUCUAGGACGUUUUACUCCAAUAAAGUUUUGAUGUCACCUUAAAGACUGUCUGAAAGCACUUUCCUUUCACAGAAAUAACUAAAGAUAUUUUAUUUUUUGGAAGCUCCAAAGUUAAACCAGAGAUUAGUACA